AUGAAGAAGUUCCUAGGCAUGCUGAAGAAGGACUCGAAAGAGGCCCCUAAAGAGGCCUCUGCAGAUUCCCACGAUACGGAUCAGGCGUCAGGUAACGCAUCCGUGCUUUCCGAGCCUGACUCGCUACGUGAGCUCCACCCUAUGUUCGAGGACCACACCACCAGUUUCACCAAUGAUACGAACUUGAACUUGAAUCCCAGCAUUCUGGGCGGCAACUCUGUGUUUACUGAGGCGUCUACGGCACUUCCCAAAUCGAUUUUCUCCUCCAAAUACUCAAGCUCUACCAAGCAGUCUUCUUACUUUUCUCAGGCCAGUCGAACAAAGAAGCCAGUUAGAACUGACUAUGGCCAGCCGCUCCAGAUCUUGGAAGUUCCAGAGGAUUCCAAGGAAGAUAUCAGCGGGAGCUCCAGUGACAUCAUCGCAGACAAACUCCACAAAUUGUGGCAGGAUAUCUUCUACAUUCUGAACCAGUACACUGCGUCCGUACACACUUUGUCUACGACGGUGAUCAACAUGAUCAACUGCUUGAAGGACUAUGUGGCAUUUGUAGACACACUUAACCCAUAUGCGGAUGCCUGGAGUUUCUCUUCCUACAACAACGACGACGUGAGAAAGAUUUUGAGAAUGUAUCUCCACAUGUAUGACAACUUGCUUAAGGAUGACGCAUAUCUCCGUUUAAAGCUCUUAUUGUGCAAGGUUUUCAAUGACUUCAACGCAUCCUUGAAGAGCCAUACGAGAAACUUGUCACACCUGCUCCCAGAUACGAUGGCGAAACCCACAAACUUUGCAAUUGGAAUUAACGACGGACUCGAACUUCCCAACCAGGAGGCGAUCUCUCGUAUUAUUGCAAAGGUUGCCAACAGUCCUCUCUCUGUCAAGGAGCAGAAUGGAUCCUUCAUCGCUCCUAUUGCUCGUGGUAUCGAUAAAGACAUGAACGUGCUCUGUCUCUACUUCGGAUACCCGACCCUCACUGACCACCACUCCAGAAUCGUGAGCAGCGUUCAGGACCUUUUUGAGGAUGUCCACGUGUUGUUGGCCAAAAACCAGAUUGACUUGGCUUCUGCGACAACCGAGUCUAGACCCAAUCCUGUUCAGUUGCCUUCUUUCCCACCUGGUGGGGCACAGAAGUUCAAGCUUCCGUUUAGAAACCCUGUGGACCCCUUGCGCCCGCCUAUGUCCCUCUCACUUUCGGUGGAAACAUCUGCCCGUGUGUCCGGAACCAUGGGCGGCUUCAUCUUCCCUAUUAUUGAUACUAAGAAGCAGCCACAUUUGACUUCCUACGCGAACUCAAAGUUUGCAAUCUCUUGUGGUCACGUUUGCCUAGACAAGAGGGACGAUAGUGACGAGUAUCCAUACGUUCAUUCGCCUCUGUCGGUCUUGAUUAGUUUGUACAAGCAAGCAUUAACUGCUCAGCACCAAAAGUGUGGUGAUUCCAACCAGAAUAUGCUUCAGCUGCAAGUUGCCUAUGGAUCUAUUUUGGAGCAGCUUGACGAAUUCUUCCCACCCAGAGAAGUAGACCUUUACGAUUCGAAGACUAAGCAAGGGCGCUUGGAGAUGAGAAACUUCCCCAAGCACAGAUUCGGUCAGAUCAUCUGGGGUGAAAGAACUUUGAUUCAGGCCAAGAACACAAAAACUGGUCUGUUCCUCACUGACAAGAGAUUGAGUGACUUGGCAAUCAUAAAAGUCAACAAGAUCCUCCAAUGUGACCAGAACUACCUUGGUGACGACAUUGCAUUCAACGAGUAUGAUCCUUCUUUGAUGUUUGAUAAUUUAUAUGUCAGGAAAGUCAUUAAUCUCAACCGUCAUACCAAAGAGGUACCACUAGAGAGAAUAGCUGAAGUGGACUCUCUCGCAUCUGAUGAAAAUGCAGACAGUCUCAGCGGGUUGCCUGUUUUCAAGUACGGUUCAACCACUAAAUUCACGAGAGGCAACUUGAAUGGCAUCAAAUUGGUCUAUUGGAUGGAUGGUGCAAUCCACUCGUCUGAAUUUGUUGUGAACUCACAAGAGAAUACUACCUCGUUCGCCGCGGGCGGUGACAGUGGGUCAUGGAUUUUGACAAAGCUUGAAGAUCUUGAGGGGUCUUCUGAAUCCAAGGGGUUAGGUGUUGUUGGAAUGUUGCAUUCGUAUGACGGAGAAUAUAGACAGUUUGGACUAUUUACUCCAAUGACUGAGAUUCUCAGUCGUCUUGAGGAGGUCACUAAUAUUAAAUGGGGUGUUGUCGGUGUUAACCAGAAGGAUAUGGUUAUUAACCUGAGCGAUUCAGAAAGUGAGUCGGAAUUCGACGAAGAUACUGAUGAGGAAGACAGCGAGUAUGAAAGUGGGGUGGAAGAACAGGCCAACCCUCCGGACAUUGACUAG